UACACAGGCCUGUUUUCCGACCAUGAAGGCAACCAUUCGUCGACAAUGUGUUGCUGAGUCGUUAUCAUUUAUUUACAGGCUUCAAUAAAAAUUUCGUCAUUCGACCAAUUUGAAUUGUGACGUUUAACAUGAGAUGCUAUGAAAUUGUGCCAUCUAAACUAUAUUAUACCGAAAGUCAGCAGGAACAGUUUUUCGUUUCCUCAAGGAUUUCCUAAUUCUGAAACACACAUGUUUGAAUUGCAUUGAAAUCAAAUCAGGCGAUAACGAUCAGAAGUUUGCUCGAAAUUUAAUUAAGAUUGAUUACAGUAUUUAAUUUAAAAUGUAUCUUGCUCGACUAUUGAGGAGUAAAAAGAUACUGCGGGUGAAGAUUCCCACAGGCAAAACGCCCCAUAGAUCGGUCACAAAGAUGACAGUGCGCGAAGCGUUAAAUAUGGCCCUUGACGAGGAGUUAGCUCGGGACGAGAGAGUAUUCAUAUUAGGAGAGGAGGUCGCGGAAUUUGAUGGCGCUUAUAAAAUAACGCGUGGUCUCUGGAAGAAAUACGGUGACAAGAGACUAAUCGAUACACCAAUUACGGAAGCUGGAUUCUGCGGUAUUGCUAUUGGUGCAGCGCUACUAGGUCUAAGACCCAUAUGCGAAUUUAUGACUUUUAAUUUCUCCAUGCAAGCCAUUGAUCGUAUCAUCAAUGGCGCUGCAAAGAAUUUCUACAUGUCCGCUGGAAGAUUUCCCGUUCCUAUUCUAUUCCGAGGGCCGAAUGGUAAUGCCAAAGGUUUGGCUGCACAGCACUCUCAAUGUUUUGCCGCAUGGUUUAUGAGUGCGCCUGGCUUGAAAGUCGUGUCGCCAUCGACCUGCGAAGAUUACAGGGGCUGCUUGAAGGCGGCCGUACGAGAUCCCGAUCCCGUAAUCAUGUUGGAGAGUGAACUGCUCUACAACAUUGAGUUUCCUGUGUCUGAUCAAGCUAUGGACAAGGACUACCAGAUACCUAUCGGCAAGGCUAAGGUGGAGAAACCUGGAAAGCACAUCACUCUAGUGACACAUGGCCAGGCGUACGUGUAUACGCUUCAAGCGGCCGAGUUGUUGGCAGGACAAGGAAUCGAGGCGGAAGUUAUCAAUCUACGAUCGCUGAGACCUUUGGAUUGGGAUAUGGUAUUCAAGUCAAUCAGCAAAACCCACAGGUUAAUGACCGUUGAACUGGGCUGGCCUAGAUGCGGAGUAGGAGCCGAGAUCGUUGCAACAGUGAUGGAAAAUCCAGUCUUCUUUCAGCUGGACGCACCUGCGGUUCGAUGCGCCGGCAUUGACGUUCCAAUGCCUUAUUCAGAGAAGAUCGAAUACGAAUGUAUCCCGAAGGAUCAUCAUAUAGCUGACUAUGCUAAACGUAUCUGUGGCACAAAAUUCUGAUAUAGUUUAUCGGUUUAUGGACAAUAAAGUUUCUCACUUACUGAAAUAUCUGAUGACGCUCGGUGUAAUGCCGUGAAACAUAUUGAUGAUGAUGAAUAGGUGGCGGUGGAUUGGCCAUCGGUAAUCUAACGGUAUUAUAAUCGGUAUUAUAAUCGGAAUACAGAGAAAAAUCUGACGAUGCGAGUUGCCCGUCCUCCUGCAAUAUUCCACUGAUAGUCGUUCUUAAAAUGUCGGGCCACUUUGAAUGUACCAUAAAUCAAUCCACCGUCUAAAUAAUCUUGUUCAGCUACGAUAUAUUCGAAUAUAUCGAAGUUUAGACUUGAGCAAUGUUGAAAAACUAUGUCGCUUGUUAACGGGGUUGUUAUGUUUCGAGGACCGUAACAUUGUCAUACCUGUUGACGAGGAUUAUUCGGCGAAUGACCCGUGAUGAAUUUUUAUGUUAAUAUAUUCGGGUGGGCAUGCUGGUCUUUGAGCAUCUAAAAUUUCCUCCACCAUCUGUUGACUUG